AUGCUUGAUUCAGAUGAUACCAUCCUGAGCAUUAGUACUUCAUAUACCGUCUAUAUUACAUUCCCGAGAUACGGAGAAUCUCCAGCUCUGUACAAGACACCACCUAUAUCACUUUGCACAUAUAGAGCAGCCUUCCGUCUGAAUUGUCUUGGCUGGCUCCUCAUAUAUGCCGGAUGGAUCCAAACCCGUCUUGGUCGCUGGUUUCGAAGCAUUACUAUAUGGCUGGGCGUCUGGGUCUCUAGCACGGCUACAGCCCACCUCGAACUAUGGCGAUGUCUACCGAAUCCUUGCCUAAGACCCUGUCUUGUUGACUACGGAAUAGCGAGAUAG